CGUGAAGUAGGUACGUAGAACCAUAUCAAAAAGAAGAAGAACAAGUCAACUAGAAGUGCUGUGUAUCUGUGUGCAUGAACAAGAAGAUGGUUGCCUAUUUCGGCCUUUGGUUUCUUGCUGCUGUUGUGGGCCGUGCAGUGGUUGCAGCACCGCCAACAGCAUUGCGCCCGAAAUUGGCAAGCAGCGGCCAAAAGGCCUCGUCUGGAGCGACACCUCAAGUAAACCUAAACGAGGGCGGCAAAACGAAAAGGAGAGCGAAAAACGCAACUUCAUCAAGAUCUAAAGCGUUUUUAAAAACUAAAACUCCAUCUACUUCCGCAGACCAUGAUCCCAUCAAGCAGGAUGGCAAAAAGAAUACGACGCUACAACUUCCGGCACGAGGCAGCAUCGAUGUAGCGUCUUCUCGUCAUGAAGACAUAGUCCUGCCAAACACGUCGCGCGAAGACCCAGAGCGUAG